GAACUUUAAGCUGAUAUCUCAAGUCUUAAUGGAAGCAACAUCACAGCAAUUUAUGUCUCAGAGUUACCUUAACGCUCAAGAAACCGCGACAAGGGCAACGAAAAAUUACCUAACUUCGCUCCAUUCGACCCGAAAACAACCUUCAAAGCCCUUGAAGAGGCCUGCAAUAUCAUCAUCAUCCCCUUUGAAUCCAAUGCACCCCCAUGUCUACCGAGUUGAGCCAGUAAACUUCAAAGAGUUGGUUCAGAGGCUAACCGGUGCACCUGAGCAAGAGGCUGUGCAGCCUGAGCCGCUCAAGAGUUUGGAUGAUGCAGCAAAGCAGAGUUCUUCAUCAUUUGCGUUUGAUCCGUCAUCUUCUUGGGGAGAUCUCUCAUUUCAAAAUCCUCCAAAUCUUUCCAGAUGGUAGCUAAUAACAUUUCAUCUACCUGCUUAACAUUCUUGUAUUUUUUUUCAAUAAACCAGAAAGAUGUAA